AACUGCGAGAAGAACGAUGAAGGUUUCAAAGUAGAACACUGUCUUUACCAACUUCUCUCCUACUUCACCAAUUCAAGUUUUAUUUUAUUUCUCAAAAUUUCCCUCCCGCUUUACUGUCAUUGAAGUGAAAUGGAAACUAACUCAGUUUCCAAGCUGUUGUUUUUUUUCUUCAUUGCCCUUUUAGCGAGUUCCCAGCUGAUCCACUGCAGCGUUACCUACGACAAGAAAGCUAUUCUCAUCAAUGGACAAAGGAGAAUCCUCAUCUCCGGCUCCAUUCACUAUCCCAGAAGCACCCCUGAGAUGUGGGAGGAUCUUAUUAAGAAAGCUAAAGUCGGAGGCUUGGAUGUCAUCGACACCUAUGUCUUUUGGAACGGUCAUGAACCUUCUCCUGGCAACUAUAAUUUCGAGGGAAGAUACGACCUGGUACGGUUUAUCAAGACAGUGCAAAAAUCGGGAUUAUACGUUCAUCUUCGCAUUGGACCUUAUGUUUGUGCAGAGUGGAAUUUUGGAGGAUUUCCCGUUUGGCUAAAGUAUGUUCCUGGUAUCAGCUUCAGAACUGAUAAUGAGCCCUUCAAGAGAGCAAUGCAAGGAUUUACCCAGAAAAUUGUCCAAAUGAUGAAGAAUGAAAGACUUUUUGCAUCACAAGGUGGCCCCAUCAUCUUGUCUCAGAUUGAAAAUGAAUAUGGACCGGAGAGUAAGGCACUUGGAGCAGCUGGUCAUGCAUACAUUAAUUGGGCUGCAAAAAUGGCUGUUGAACUGAAUACGGGAGUCCCAUGGGUAAUGUGCAAGGAAGAUGACGCCCCAGACCCUAUGAUAAAUGCAUGUAAUGGCUUUUACUGCGAUGCAUUCUCACCCAACAAACCUUACAAGCCUACGUUGUGGACCGAGGCUUGGAGUGGCUGGUUUACAGAAUUCGGUGGCACAAUUCACCAGCGUCCGGUUCAAGACUUGGCGUUUGCUGUUGCUCGUUUCAUACAAAAAGGUGGCUCGUAUAUUAAUUAUUAUAUGUAUCACGGAGGAACCAACUUUGGACGGACAGCUGGUGGACCAUUUAUUACAACCAGUUACGACUAUGAUGCUCCGAUCGACGAAUAUGGCUUAAUCCGGGAACCUAAAUACAGUCAUCUGAAGGAGCUUCACAAGGCUAUUAAGCUAUGUGAACAUGCUUUAGUAUCCUCGGAUCCUACUGUUACUUCAUUAGGAACCUAUCACCAGGCCCAUGUAUUCUCAUCAAGGGGAGGAAGCUGUGCAGCUUUUCUCUCUAAUUACCAUAUGAAAUCUGCUGCCAGGGUGACUUUUAAUAACAGGCACUACGAUUUGCCCCCUUGGUCUAUUAGCAUUCUUCCUGACUGCAAACAUGUGGCGUUUAACACUGCAUUAGUUGGGGUUAAAACCUCGCGAAUCCAAAUGUUGCCGACGAACUCCAAGAUGUUAUCAUGGGAAGCUUAUGAUGAAGACAUUUCUUCUCUAGGGGAAAGUUCAACAACCACGGCUCCUGGACUCUUGGAUCAGAUUAAUGUUACAAGAGAUAAAAGUGACUACCUGUGGUACACUACCAGUGUUGACAUUAGUCCGUCGGAAUCAUUUCUAAGAGGAGGACGAAAACCCACUCUCAAUGUGGAUUCAGCUGGCCAUGCUCUUCAUGUCUUCAUCAAUGGACAGCUCUCAGGGUCUGCAUAUGGAACUAGGGAAGACCGGGCAUUCACAUAUACAGGACCAGCGAACCUACAUGCGGGAACAAAUCGCAUUGCACUUCUCAGUGUAGCUGUUGGAUUGCAGAAUGUUGGAGUGCACUACGAGACAUGGAAAACUGGAAUCCAGAGUGUUUCGUUGCAUGGUCUUGACCAACGAAAGAAAGACUUAACGUGGCAGAAAUGGUCAUACCAGGUUGGCCUAAAAGGAGAAUCAAUGAAUUUGGUUUCCCCAAAGGGACUCUCAUCUGUCGAAUGGAUUCGGGGUUCACUAGCUGCACGGAGCCGGCAGUCUAUGACAUGGUACAAGGUAUAUUUCAAUGCCCCGGGAGGCAAUGAACCAUUGGCUUUGGAUAUGCGGAGUAUGGGAAAAGGUCAGGUAUGGAUCAACGGACAGAGCUUAGGAAGAUAUUGGAUGGCUUAUGCAAAGGGUGACUGCAGUACUUGUAGUUACUUGGGGACAUUCCGACCUACAAAGUGCCAGAGUGGUUGUGGCCAGCCCACCCAAAGAUGGUACCACGUUCCGAGAUCAUGGCUAAAGCCAACACGAAAUUUGUUGGUAGUCUUUGAAGAACUAGGUGGAGAUGCAUCAAAAAUCUCUCUUGUGAGGAGAUCGGUUUUAUAAACAUUACCUGGACAACAUCACAAGUGAGAAAGCUGUGAAGAAGAAGAAGAUAUUCCAGUUUCACUGUCUAGAUUUUAUUUCACUAUUGUUUAAUUGGGCAGCCAUCAACAAAUUCACCAUGUGUGAUUAUGAAUGAUCUGUAAAGAAAUGGGAAGUUCAGCGUAGAGCACUGGAUUCUAAGCUCAGAAAACAGGCAAGGAUUUUAAUAUAA